GUGGGAGUAUAAUAGAAUAGAAUAGAAUAGAAUAGUGGUGGCUGUGGGUAAAAGUUGUUGGGACUUGGAUGCCUCCUUUGCUUCCUCCCUCUCUCGCUCUUUCUGCAUUCCCUCUAAAAUUUUCAUCCCCUUCGCUCUCUCUUUCACUUCUCCAGCGCUGUUUAUCUUGGUCCUGAGCGGGAUUCAGAGAAUGAGAAAUUCAAAGGAGCAAGUGUUUUGCAGCACAGAACCUUUGACUCUGAGCAGCUCUUUGAGGAGAAAUGACUCAGUUCUUGACUUCAUUUCUGCGGUUAAAGGGUUGCAUAAGCUAACUUCACAGGAGCUUGGCAGGCUAAUAAGGGAGGCAGAAAACAGCGUUAUUCAUUGCACAGCUGAAAAUGGAUGUCAAGUCCAGAUUGAUGUAGAUAGGCUUGCAAGGCAUCUUCCUUUACACCUUAUUGCAGCACUUGUAAAUUGGAGACCGGAUGAAGCACUAUUUGAAUAUUUGUUAUCUGGGUUUAGACUGCUGCACUCAUUGUGUGAUUUGGCACCUCGGCCCCCUAAGAUUGAACAGAUAUUCGUGGAUGAUACAAAAGUAUCUGAGCAGAUACUUGACCUUAUCUUUUUUGUGCUUGCUAUUCUUGCUACUUGCAGACAGGAACACAACAUUUCUGAUCAGCUGGUUCACUUGCAUUCAACACUGGUUUCCUCCAGUCUCUAUUUAUUAACAGCGUGUGUCUCUUCGCAAUGGCAAGAACUUACUCAACUUUUGCUACAGCAUACCAAGGUUGAUAUAUUUAUGGAUGUAGCUUUUGCUGCUGUGCAACUUGAUAUUCAGUUUCUGCAUACCAGGUUGUCAGCUGAAAAUGCUAAUUUCCAUACUAGUCCAAAUGCUGAAGAAACAUUGAAUCAUCUGUGCCAGCAGUGUGAGGCUUCUAUACAGUUUCUUAUGUCAUGCUGUCAACAGAAGUUAUUUCGGGAGCGCCUUGUUAGGAACAAGGAGUUAUGCGGUAAAGGUGGCGUUCUUUUGCUGGCGCAAACUGUUCUUGAUGUAAAUGUAUCUCCGUUUUUUGUAGAAUCCUCUGCAGUUGUGGCUGCUGUUUCAAGAAUGAAGUCUAAAGUCUUGUCUAUUCUAUUGCAUCUUUGUGAAGCUGAAAGUGUAUCUUAUCUGGAUGAAGUUGCCAGCAACCCCGGAACUCUGAAUUUAGCCAAGUCUAUUGCUCUUGAGGUUCUUGACUUGCUGAAGAAAAUGUUUGGUGGAGAUUCUAAACAACCAAUUGCUUGCUCAGCCAAGAUAUAUCCAAAAGGUCUACUGCAACUGAAUGGAAUGCGCCUUGCAGAUAUAUUCUCUGAUGAUUCAAAUUUUCGAUCUUACAUCACAACAUAUUUUACAGAGGUUUUGACAACUAUCUUUUCACUUCCACAUGGAGAGUUCUUAUCCAGUUGGUGUUCAUCUGAACUUCCAGUUUGGGAGGAAGAUGCCACUCUGGAGUAUGAUCCUUGUGCAGCUGCUGGAUGGGCUUUGGAAUUUUUUUCAUCAUCAGACCUCCUGUAUCCAUGCUGUUUGGAAUCCACUUUCAUUCCCUGCAAUGUCCCUCGAGCAUCGUAUGCACAUCAGAGGACAUCCUUAUUGGUUAAAGUUAUAGCAAACCUCCAUUGUUUUGUCCCUGACAUAUGCAAAGAGGAGAAAGAUCUCUUUCUUAACAAGUUUCUUCAGUGCUUGCAAAGUGAGGUCCCUAAAAUUUCUCAUAGGAUUUCAGCUCUUUCUGAUGCUGAAAAAGCAAUCAUUGUUAAUCGCAACCUGAGUUCACUACUGAGUCACGCGGAAUCUCUAAUUCCAGGCUUUCUGAAUGAAGAGGAUGUGCAGCUUCUGAGGGUGUUCAUUAGUCAGUUGGAAUCUCACAUUAAGCCAGCUCUAUUUGAAGAGAAUCGAGUUCAGGAUGAUCAAAGCAAAGGACAGUUGUUACCUUUAGUGGAAGCUUCUAAUUCCAAUAACAGAAGUGACGAUUUCAAGGGAAAUUUGUUGAAGACUGCUGCUUUCAAUGAAGCGGAUUCAUUCAAUUUCAGGGAGAAUGGCGUGGAUAAAAAAUCAGUAGAUGUGGGGAAGAGGAUUGAUAAAGUUAAAUGUAAUGGAGAUGCAGGACAAAUAAAGAGUGAUACUCAAAAUUUUGUAAUGAUUGAGCCAGACUUAAGUUCUAUGGGAGGAAAAGCUCCUACUAAUCAAAUUGUUGACAAUGAAUCCACCAAAGAUGUGUCUGUGAACAUCCAACGAGAGGAAAAGAUGGAGACUGUACAGAAUGAAGAGAAGCACCAAAGAAAGCGGAAGCGAACCAUAAUGAACGAUAAGCAGGUGGCUCUGAUCGAAAAGGCACUCGUGGACGAACCUGACAUGCAUCGUAAUGCUGCAUCACUGCAAUUAUGGGCUGAUAAAUUAAGUGAUCUGGGUUCUGAGGUGACUCCUUCCCAGCUAAAAAAUUGGCUGAAUAAUCGCAAAGCAAGGAUGGCUCGUGUUCGUGUGCUGUCUGAUGGGGACAAUGCUGAUAAGCAAAGUGCUCCUGUAAACCUUCCUCCACAUGACUCUCCUAGCUGUCCUGCUGGAGAUGUUAAGGUAGUUUCAACUGCAAAGGGGAAUCAAACGAGUGGAAUUGGAGAUGCGAUAGUGAAAGCUUGCAGUAAUGAGAGUUCAAGGAUCUCACUUGCAGCUCCAAUUGAAAUUGCACAGUCAGAGCCUGUCAACCUUGAGCCAGGGCAGUAUGUUUUGCUCUUAGAUCAAAAUGCGAAAGUGAUAGGAAACGGAAAAGUGCAUCAGGUAAAUGGGAAUUGGUACGGAUAUAACUUGAAGGAUUCGGGGACUUUCGUUGUGGACAUUAUGGAUCUUAGCAUUGAGAGAUGGGCCAAGCUUCCAUACCCAUCUGAAUUUACGGGUAUUUCAUAUGAUCAAGCUGAAAAAAAGCUUGGCUCAAUGCGAGUCUUGUGGAAUUCUGCCAAAGUUUCUGGGCUAGCAUCACGGUGCGAAGCAGAUGCAGAUACAGAUUCGCUAUUUCAUCUACUUCCUUGCUUGCUUGCUCCAGUUACAGAGGCAAAGUGGAGGGUGCGACUCCAUAAGUUUGUAUUGAGUUUGAUGCGUGGUGAUGUCUUGGCCUCCUGCUGUAUUGGACCGGGCCGGGCUGGGCCUAUGCCGCUGGAACAGUUGCUCAAUUCGUCUGGGUAUCUCUGA